GUGGGGAGGACGGGCAGAAGCGGCGACGCAACCGGCCUGAAGCCUUCCCCACUGCUGAAGAUAUCUUUGCUAAGUUCCAGCACCUUUCACAUUAUGACCAGCACCAGGUCACGGCUCAGGUCUCCCGGAAUGUUCUGGAGCAGAUCACGAGCUUUGCCCUUGGCAUGUCAUACCACUUGCCUCUGGUGCAGCAUGUGCAGUUCAUCUUCGACCUCAUGGAAUAUUCCCUCAGCAUCAGUGGCCUCAUCGACUUUGCCAUUCAGCUCCUAAAUGAACUGAGCGUAGUCGAGGCCGAGCUGCUCCUCAAGUCCUCGGAUCUGGUGGGCAGCUACACUACCAGCCUGUGCCUGUGCAUCGUGGCCGUCCUGCGGCACUACCAUGCCUGCCUCAUCCUCAACCAGGACCAGAUGGCCCAGGUCUUUGAGGGGCUGUGUGGCGUAGUGAAGCAUGGGAUGAACCGGUCAGAUGGCUCCUCUGCGGAACGCUGUAUCCUUGCUUAUCUCUAUGAUCUGUACACCUCCUGUAGCCAUUUAAAGAGCAAAUUUGGGGAGCUCUUCAGCGACUUCUGCUCCAAGGUGAAAAACACCAUCUACUGCAACGUGGAGCCCUCAGAAUCCAACAUGCGCUGGGCACCCGAGUUCAUGAUUGACACUCUGGAGAACCCCGCAGCUCACACCUUCACCUACACGGGGCUAGGCAAGAGUCUUAGUGAGAACCCCGCUAACCGCUACAGCUUUGUCUGCAAUGCCCUUAUGCACGUCUGUGUGGGGCACCAUGAUCCCGAUAGGGUGAAUGACAUCGCCAUCCUGUGUGCGGAGCUGACGGGCUACUGCAAGUCACUGAGCGCCGAGUGGCUGGGGGUCCUGAAGGCCUUGUGCUGCUCCUCUAACAAUGGCACUUGUGGCUUCAACGACCUUCUCUGCAAUGUAGAUGUCAGUGACCUGUCUUUUCACGACUCCCUGGCUACUUUUGUUGCCAUCCUCAUCGCUCGGCAGUGUCUGCUCCUCGAGGACCUGAUUCGCUGUGCUGCCAUCCCUUCGCUCCUCAAUGCUGGUGAACCGCCAAUCCAUAACCCCUAGAAUUUCUGGACCCCAAGUUUGACUAGACA